AUGUCUCAAUUGUGUGUCUUAUGUCUCGACAACAGUCACUUCAUGGUCAACGAAGAUCUUCUCCCAUCACGUCUUGCAGUCCAACGGGAAGCGGCCAAUGCUUUGAUUCAUCAGAUUCUCAGUUCAAAUGCCGAAAGUCGUGUCGCUAUUCUUCAAUUGGCUCCAAAUGCAAAACCAGUUCGUACUCUCACUACCGAUGAAGUCCUUCUGAUGCGCGCUCUUUAUGGCGUUUCAGCCGACGGACAAUUGCGAUUCACACGUGGUCUCGAAAUUGCACUCUUGGUUCUGAAAAACGCACCGCAAAGCGAAACAACAGUUCGCAAACGUGUUCUUGCAUUUGUGGGAAGUCCUGUCAGUGAGGAAGACAUCAAACAAUUGCCUUCUACUGCCAGGAAACUGCGUCGGGCCAAUGUCUCGAUUGAUAUCGUGAGUUUCGGUCCCGAAGCCGAAACCGACCGACAAAAACAAGUUUUGCGUGAAUUCUUGUCUCAAAUGACUUGCGAUUCUCAUUUGGUUUGUGUUCCGAAAGACAAUGACAUGAAUUACUUUCUCUCGACUUCUAUACUCUUCUCGAACGCCGUUUCUCUGGUCAACGAACGCACGGAUCCAGAAAUAGCGAUUGCAGUCAAACAAUCGGCCGCCGAACACAACACUCGUUUGGACGCAGAGAUGAAGCGCGCGAUUCAAGAGUCAGAGAAAAGUUCGGGAAUAAAAACCGAAUCAAAGAAUUCAACAAAAGAAACGGAAAAAAACGAACAAACAGUUCUCAGCGAAGAAGAACAGUUGGCUUUGGCUCUUCAGUUGUCUUUAUUGGAGACACAAAUCAAAAAGUCAGACAAAAAACAAUGA